AUGACUCGAUAUAAAAAGACCCUUCCCUAUUCAUACCAUUCGAAACCUACUAAACCCAUGUCGUUCAACAUCGCAGUUGUUUACACUGAUCGAUUGCUAUUAGAGCAUAAAGAUGUCUGGGCCAAAGCUACGGAACAUAUUUUAACAGAUGAACUCUCAGCAGGGAGCCUUGAUCUGAGAAAACUAUACGUUUAUCUGAGUCAGGAUUUAAAAUUCUUUGAGUACGGGCUGAGGAUAGUAGGUAGAGCAAUCAGUCUUUGUGAUGACUACCCAGCAGCUAAUCGCUUAGCAAAGCAGGCCGGAUUUUUUGCUAAUGAUGAAAAUGAUUAUUUUGUGAACGUUAUCAAAGACUUGAAAGAGAAGUUGGUCUCAGAUUCACUCUUCACGUCUGAACGAAUCCAAGAGAUCGACGCAAUGCUUUUUCCCGAUGUUGCUGCAUAUAUUAACUUUUUGAAGUCGUUUGGAACUGAUCCUUCCAUCACUUAUCCAAAGGUAAUUACCAUGAUGUGGGUUAUGGAGCAAGUUUACCUAGACUGGGCCACUAGAGGAGUGAAAAAUUUCCAACCAGAUAAUCUUCAUUGGUGGUACAAAGGCUGGAUAGAUCUCCACUACGGUGAUGAUUUCAGCUCUUGGACUCAAUUCCUUAAAGAUGAAGUUGAUAAAUGUUACAUAAAGGCUUUCAAAGAGAACGACGCCAAAACCAUCGAAGAUAUCAAGUCAACAUUUCUAAAAACAGCGGAUUUCGAAGGAAAGUUCUUUGAUGAAACUUAUCAUUAUGUAUAG